AUGUCAAACUUCUACGAACAUCCGUACGGGACAGUUUCAACCCUAGCACACAUACUGCAGUGCAUCAGUUCGAUUGUGGUCCUCGGCAUCACGGCCUGGGCAGUCCGUGAGACGAAAACCCUCACUGUGAUCUUCUCCUUGGUGAUAGCUGUUCUGACCCCUAUCGUCAAUGGAAUAACGCUGAGCACCAGCUGCAUCGCCAACCGGUAUAGAUGGCACGUCCUCCCUUUGAUAUUGACGGAUGCCGCGAUCUCGUACCUUUGGCUCACCUCAUUCAUUUUCCUGGCUGAAAACUUCAACCAAGUGAGCUGCACUGUCCAUCUCUGGAACAGGCAGACAGUGUGCAGCCGGAAGUAUGCUGCUGAAGCAUUUAGUUUCAUUGCCUUCUUCACUUCGUUUGGUGCAUUGCUAUUCGAGGUUUUGUACCUCUACAGCCACCGGGAUGAUCUUCCAAUGAAGGAGAGGAAGAAUGGACAUGAACAGCUAGAGCAAAACCUCCAGUCUGCCGGUGUGAUGCACUGA